AUGGCGGCGACGACCGAGCACACCGUCUUGCAGUUCGUAGCUCCGUCAUCAACGGCUUCAGCGACUCCCGCUGUCCUCACAGCAAGGAUCCACCCUCUCGUCAUCUUCAACGUCUGCGAUUGCUUCGUGAGACGUCCCGACUCAGCUGAAAGAGUCAUCGGCACUCUCCUCGGAUCUAUCUUACCCGACGGAACUGUCGACAUCCGCAAUUCAUACGCCGUCCCUCACAACGAAUCUUCCGAUCAGGUUGCGGUGGAUAUUGAUUACCACCACAAUAUGUUAGCUUCGCACCUAAAGGUGAAUCCAAAGGAAAUUAUCGUCGGCUGGUACUCUACUGGUGCUGGUGUAACUGGAGGUAGUGCACUGAUUCAUGACUUCUACGCUAGAGAAGCCACCAACCCAAUCCAUCUUACUGUUGACACUGGCUUUACCAACGGAGAGGGUACCAUAAAAGCUUUUGUCUCUUCAAACCUUUCUCUUGGCGAUAGACAGCUCGCUGCACAGUUUCAAGAGAUCCCUGUUGAUCUCCGUAUGGUUGACGCUGAGAGAGUCGGAUUUGAUGUUCUUAAGGCCACGUCGGUCGACAAGCUGCCAAACGAUUUGGAAGGAAUGGAGGUGACGAUGGAGAGGUUGCUAACAUUGAUCAACGAUGUCCACAAGUAUGUCGACAGUGUUGUGGAAGGUCAAACAUCUCCAGACAACAACAUAGGACGAUUCAUUGCUGAUGCAGUAGCUUCCCUUCCCAAAUUACCACCACAAGUCUUCGAUAACCUCGUGAAUGAUAGUCUCCAGGACCAGCUUCUUCUGUUGUACCUGUCAAGCAUAACAAGGACACAGCUGAGUCUAGCGGAGAAGCUAAACACAGCUGCUCAGAUGCUGUAA